AAAAUAGUGCGGGUAGCAUUUUGCUGCCCGUGAAAAUUUAGCUCGAGGCAAGCUUAUAUUCAGUGAAUAUAGAGAUCAGUGAUGUAAAUACUAAAUAUAAACCAGUGUGUGCGUUGAUGACAGCGUAUUUUGAAUAGCCACGUGCAACCACACAAAUCUUCUAAUAUACGAGUUGCAUUUAUUAAUAUGUUGUAAUGGCUAAACUUAGCUCAUAUUACACUUUGUGCCCACUUAUAGAUCAACAAAAUCUUCUGGGGGUCGAAAAGGAUUGUAAUCCUGGAUGUGUGAUAGUUACUUUGGGAAAAAAUAUCGUUAUCAGAUACAAGCUACAGGAUUUGAAACAGUUGAGCAGUUGGUCUACCAAGGACCGUCUUACGACUCAAGUAAUCUACGAUGAAAUAGAUGCUCGGUACGUCGCAGUUUUCAAUGAAAUUUACCUUAGGGUAUGGCAUGAGAGUGCUAGCGACCUUGACAAAGUAAAGAAGCAUAAAUUUCAUAGCCCAUUUCACGCUAUACUUCGAAUAGAUAAUUAUCCUCCAAUCUUAGUUUGUCAAAAUGGGUCGACAGCAUCACUUACUUGGGCUUUGACAAACCGAAAGUCAUGGUAUAGCAAAGGAGUCCUCCAAAAGGAAGAGAAGAUAAGAGACUGUCAGCUCAUAAAUAUUGGCUCAAAAAUGUACUUGUGUAUGUUAACAUGUAUAGACAAUCUCCAUGAUUAUAUUGUCGUUCCACUUGAUGGCCAGACAUAUGUUGAAGACUCGGAAAAUUUAAAGAGGAUCAAGCUGCAACGAACUGCAGAAAAACUUGUAGGCCAUGUAGUUAUCCAAGAUACAAGUAAUGCUUACCUUCUCACUUUGUGGUCACAUGGACGACUCUACAGUUAUUCAUUACUUGGAUGCUCUGCUAAUCCACCACCAGGGAAUUUACUGAGUGUUGUAACAGCACUGAACACGAAGCACCCAAUCAUAAUGACUCCCUUGAAUGAAAUAACAAUUGCAGCUUACGGUGCUGAUAUUCAAGAAGAAGGAGCGAUUUUGGUUAUUUAUAACCUUUCGUUUAAGUUGGUACAAGCCAUCCAGAAACUUAAACUUUAUACAAAAGAGGCGAAAUUGUGGAGAAUAGAAGACAAGUUGCUCCUAGCAGCCAAUCGCCACUUAGCAGUAGCUCCAUUUAGCCUAACACCACAGCGAAUCGAAGCAAUGGUUGGAUCUUCGCGUCUUGCUCCAAAUUCGACUGUCAAUGUGAACGGAGAUGACAACGAAAUUGUUGUUAUACAAGAGAUGGAAACUGCUAUUUGGGGAUCAGAGGUCACAGAGACUGUAACAUUUUCUGAUCCUAUGCCUGAAGAUAUAAAAGUACAGCUCUCAACGCUAGUCAAAGAUGGUCUGCCUGAAGCUGUUAUAUUAGAAACAUUGAUCCCUGCUCUAAUAAAAUCUAGAGAUAUUAGGAAUAUAAUUUGGUGCCUGAAGAACUUCAGAGAUGUCCCUGAAAAACUGCUAAUCAACCUUUUAUCGUUUUGUCUUACCACAUCUGACAAAUCGUUCGAUUCCGAUCAGAAUGGAUUUACCGAUUCUUGUGUAAUUGAGCCCCUUGGGAGGGCUGUUUUUCUCAAUCACAUUCUUAGUGUUCAUUAUUCGGACAUUUGCCUAAUGUCGCAUUUAAAAACUAGUCUUGGCUUCACUGAGAUUUUGAGUUUACUCGAUUAUCUGACUCAUGCUCUCGACUCUACACAAGAAGAACACGAACUGCCUCAAACAGGAACUUCUCAGCCCAGUGAAGAACAGCUACUGGACUGGGCCAGCCUCUUACUUGAUUCGCAUUAUCAACAGUAUCUUCUAUCCCAAGACCCAAGAAUCUGUUCAUUGCUACAGCAGCUCAGCUCAGUGCUAGAAGUCCAUUUUCAUGUCAUUGAUGAUCUGCAAACUCUAAGAUCACUGGUAGAAAGACUUCGCGACGGCAAAUCUCUCGGGCCAACUCCGAAAGGUGCUUCAAAAUAUUAUUCUAUUGAAGAAGUAAAGUUGUAUUAGGUACAGAGUAAAUAAAGAUAAAUUUGCACAUUAA